AUGAGAAAUGUUGAAAAACAAAAGGGUACAACUCAUACUGCACAAGGUACGACUUCUACGCCAGCACUUCUCCAAAGCCUUUACCUCUAUUUAUACCUCACGUUCGAAUUCGAUGUUUUCACUGCUCAUCUAACAAUGUCGGACUGCCAAGGAAAGAGUUCAUGGCCGGAGCUGGUGGGAGCUAACGGAGAAGCUGCAGCGGUGACGAUUGAAAGAGAGAAUCCACGUGUCGACGCGAUGGUGAUACUGGACGGAACUCCGACAACCGGGGAUUUCCGGUGCGACCGUGUGAGGGUGUGGGUGAACUCUAGUGGCGUCGUUCUUCGAACUCCUAGAAUUGGGUAG